AACAGACUAUUGCAACUCCUCCUGGCUAGUCUACUUUCACCUCCGGCUGCCCAUCCUCUCUCUCCCACUAUAUCGCGAGAGAUAGGGAGCGCAGAAAUAUUCAUAUGUUAGCCACAACUGUUAUAAAACGACAAUUAUAUCGCGGACAUAUGAACGAAAUGUAAUGUAAGCCAACGCAAGAUUGCUAAAUUUGUUAUUUUAUUAAUAGCUGGCUAGCUAAUAAUAAUAGCUAGCCACAUAUUGACGGUAGCUAUAGCGAUUCGCCUGUCGGCUGUAGUAGCACAUCUGGGAGGCACAAGUUACGAUUUAACUAGCUAACUGUAAAGCGGUCACUAUUUUGAAGACACGCGUGUACAAGCUGCAGUUGUGUUCUUGUGGAUGUGUGGUGGACCGUAAGCAGGACGGCCACUUGUGAACCUCACCUAAUUUACCUUGCCCCUUUGUCCUAUACCUCCUCCCUUUUUCCUCCCAGUCUUUUAUCAUAGACCUUUUUAAAUGUAUGAAAGCAUGUUGCACAGAGACAGACACCCUAUAUUUCUACCUCUUCUCUGUCUGUGCUCAUCAGUCUGUUACGGUAGUCUUUUAGCUGAAGGUUUUAAAUGGGGGUGAAUCUACUCUAUGCCUGGUGUAGUACGGUACUUGAAUUCCCACACAUUUGUAUAUUAGCCCUGAUGAGCUGUGCAGAUUUCAUUAAUCAACCUUAAGUGAUAAACCAAUCAGCAGCCAGCUAAUUGGCCAAUCAGCCCCCCCCCUCCACUCCCUCCUGGUAGAAUGAACGGAUCUCUUUUAACCCCGCCUAGCCUGCGGGCAGCCAACUCCUCUACCCUGCCCCCGUCACUCCCCUCCCCGUCCCCUCCAUCCCCCUCCCUGUUGCCACUGUUCCCUCGGCCACCUCCCUUGGCCCAGCCUCACCCCUCCUCUCUCUCGGACACACCCACGCCCUCCCCCUGCCUGAGCUGGACGGAGUUCUGUGAGCUGCAUGCCCGCAUGGCGGCCGGGGACUUUGCCCGCCACUUCCGGGCGUUCCUUCUGGAGAACCCGCACUACUCCCCCGACUCUGCUGCCACCUUCUGUCGCCGCUUCACUGACCGCUUUGUCCGACAUUUCCAGAGCGAACUGGAGGGGGUGGCCGGGGCGCCGGGUACAGCCCCCGGGAUGGAGGCAGGGAGCUGGGCUCCCCAAUUAGACGCCACCUCCCUGGAAGAGGAGGCGGUCUCUCCCCCUCUCAUCACCGAGGGAUCCUGCUACCACGCCUGUGCCCCAGCCAACCCGGUGCGAGCUCUGCCCAAGCCUGCCUCCACACGCCUGGUGUUGGAAACCCGAAGUGGGGACCAAUUUCAAGAUUCCUAUGCUGUCACAACGGUCCUCCCCCCAUCUUCCUCCUCCUCCUGCUCCUCCUCAGUGGGAGGAGGAAACAAUGGCGGGCGGGAAGAGAGGGGUGCCCCAGUUACUGUUAAACACUUCCCUGGCGUCUGCCCGGGCAAUGGAGAAACAACGGCUGAGGAAGAGGAGGAUAGCUGGGCGGGCGUAACGGUCAUGGAGGAGGAGGUGGAGCUAGAUGAGGGCGAGGCGGAUCUAGAAGUUUGCUUGGACAAUGAAGACCCCUCCCACAUGCCCCAAACGCCUGCCUCCCCUUGCUCCGACACACCCCCUCCCCGCUCCAAGGGUAACGCCACACCGGCCUCGACAGGAAGCCAGUCCAAAACCAAACUGAAGAAGCGCUUCUCUCUGCGGAGUGUUGGGCGCAGCGUGCGGGGUAGUGUCCGGGGCAUCCUGCACUGGCGCAGCUCAUCCAGCGACUCCCCACAGAGCUCCUCCCAGUUGCCCUCCAGCUACAGCUACACAAUGGGGGUCCAAGACGCUGCCACCGGCUCUUCCUCCAAGAGGAACUCUGGCACUCAGCCCCCUACUCCCACCUCCUCCAUGCCUGUCUCUCUCUCCCUGCCCCUCUCCCUCCCCCACUCCUCCUCCUCCUCCCUGCCCCCGUCUUCCUCCAGCAGUGCCACCUCCCUCUCGUUGUCGGAAGCACGGGACCGCCGGCGAAGCAAUGGCGAGGGGGGAGAGAAGGAGAAGUGGAGCCACCGGCUGGAGAAGUUGCGUCUGUCUCGCUCCCCACCCCCCGUUCUCUCCUCAGCGCCCACUUCGGCCGUGGUGUCGCCUUCCUCCGGCCUGCCCCCCAGCAGCAGCAGCAGCGCCACCCUGAGGAAGAUGGGCCGGCUGGUGAGGGAGGGAGGAGUCAGCGUCAGCUCCUCCAUGCCAGAUGAGUUUGCCGGGAGCCAUGGUGGUUUCCCUGGCUUUUCCUUUGGCCUGCUGCACCACGGCACACAAGAACACAACAACGCUGGCACCGGCUUAAACAACACCUCGUCCACCGCUAAUGCUGCUCAAACAGCCGCAGUGCAGCCUCUCGUCCCUGGGGGCACUGUGGGCUGGAGGGGCGGUCGUUGGCACAAGUGCCGACUGGUCCUGAGGGAGAGGGACAAGGAGGGGGAGCGGGGCGAGGAGUACUAUCUGGAGUUCUUCAUCCCGCCUAAAUCCUCCAAGCCCAGGCUGACUAUCCCAUGCUGCUCUAUUGUGGAUGUGAGGAGCACCACAGCCCUGGAGGUGCCUGACAAGGAGAACACCUUCCUCCUGCAGUUGGAGGGACAGGUGCAGUAUGUGAUUGAGACGCGAGAUGCUGUGCAGAUGAGAGCCUGGUUGAGUGACAUCAGGAACGGUAUUUGUAUCAGUGAACAGGAGGACAUAGAAGCUGUGUGUGGGGGACCCAUGGACAUUAGUGGAACGCCAGAAUUCAGUGACCGCCUCUCUCAAGUGUGUUAUGGAGGUGUGGGCGGCUCUUCCCCGCUGAUGGACCCACGCCCCCCAGAGUUACCGCCCCGCGCCCCUCUGGACGAAUCAGACGGACGUGGGGGCGGAGCCGGCCUGGGCACACCAUUUGCGGAGACGCCAGAUGCCACAGGCUCCUUCCUGUUCUCAGACGUGGUGGAGGCGGUGGAGCACCCUCUGAGCGAGUGCCAGUGGUUCCACGGGACGUUGUCGCGCCUCAAGGCGGCCCAGCUGGUGCUGGCGGGGGGUAUGGCCAGCCACGGCGUCUUCCUUGUGCGCCAGAGCGAGACGCGCCGCGGGGAGUACGUCCUCACCUUCAACUUCCAGGGCAAGGCCAAGCACCUGCGUCUGUCUCUGAACGAGGACGGCCAGUGCCGGGUACAGCACCUGUGGUUCCAGUCCAUAUUCGACAUGCUGGAGCACUUCCGGGUUCACCCAAUCCCCCUGGAGUCUGGGGGUGCCUCGGAUGUCACCCUCAUCAGCUUUGUGGGAGCCACCGCCGUCCGGCAGCCAGGCCGGGACAGGGCAAGCAGCCGGCCCACAGUCUGUGAUGUCAUCCCCACGCGCCACCUUGACUCUCCAUCAACCCCCAUCUCUGACUGUGUACUUGACCAGCAAACCCCGUAGCCCUCCCCAGCCUCCUCCUCCACCACCCCUUCCCCCCGGCCGGCCGCCACCCCCAACCCCACCCCAGGAACGAGGGAACGAGACAGAGCUGGGAGGUGGAGGAGGAACUACAGGAGGUGCAGGAGAAGGAGUGGAGGACUGGGAGGAGAGAGAAGCUCCUCUCCGCCAAAUGGAGGGGGUGGAGGGUGAAGAGCGGGAAGGAGGGAGGGCAAGAGCCAUUGACAACCAGUACUCCUUCUUCUGAGGAGG